UUCCCCAUGUAGUUGCAACAUCGUAUCAAAAAGACCGUGUCCUCACUGCAGUAAGCAUCGAGUGGAUAGUGUUCAAUAAUUUUUGGACUUAGUGUUUUUUCUUUACUUGGGAGAAAUAUAUUUGGAAUAUACAUGCAGUCUUCGAGCUCAACAGAGGAAUGCGCUGCUAGUCUGGAAAAACGCUGAGGGGAGGGAGGAGGGAGACACUGUAACCUACCUACCUACCGUCUCUGGAUUCACUGGUUCUGAUGAUCAGGAGUAUUUGCAGGACUGCUAGAUGUUGAGCUCUCUGUUUUCUGUAUGAGGGACACCACCACACAGAUGGAGUCGAGGGUUCCCCACCACAUCCCUGGAGUGUCUUCCUCCAUUAUAUCCCAGCCGUUGCGUAUGGUUCCGUAUGGAAGGCUACAGCACCCGCUCACCAUCUUCCCAAUCGACCAGAUGAAGUCCUCUCAUGUGGAAAAUGACUAUAUUGACAGUCCCGCUGUGGUCUCCCAGCAACCCCUCAACCAGAAGGCUGUCAACAGGGGGCCCCACGAGGCACUGCUAGGGGCUCCCCACCUCCCCCAACUGGCGCGCUGCAACCCUCACAACGCCACCACACACCCCUGGAUAACCUUCAGCGGGCGGCCCAGCUCCAUCAGCAGCAGCAGCAGCACCUCGUCAGACCAGAGGCUGCUGGACCACGCAGCCCCCACCCCCGUGGUGGACCACAACUCCACCGUAGUCACCACCAGGACCCCCUGCUGCGGGCCCAAGGCGCUCACCUCAAAGCCCCUGGAUCUAAAAACUGCUGCCCUGGGGGCUGCAACGGUUGACAAGAAGCACAUGCUGCUGUGUGAGAUUUGUGGGAAGUGCCGCUGCACGGAGUGCACCCUGCCCCGGACCCUGCCCUCGUGCUGGGUGUGUAACCAGGAGUGCCUGUGCUCAGUGCAGAGCCUGGUGGACUCAGCCACCUGCAUGUGCCUGGUCAAGGCCAUUUUCUACCACUGCACAGAGGACGAGGAUGAUGAGGGAUCUUGCGCCGACCGCCCGUGCUCCUGCCACCAGUCUAACUGCUGUGCGCGCUGGUCCUUCAUGGCAGCCAUGUCCCUGGUGCUGCCCUGUCUGGUGUGCUACCUGCCCACCAUGGGCUGUGUCAAACUGUCGCAGAAGUGCUAUGACAAAACCAGCCGCCCGGGCUGCCGCUGCAAGAACUUCCAGCAGGCCUGUAAGAGCAUGGAGGCCAAGGUUGCAGGCCAGGAGAAACAGGCCUCAUGAUAGUCAUUGGCUGUUGCCUUAUCAAUACCCUCUAGAUAGAACAAUCCCACCAACCCCUAACCGCUGGAUGGCUUCCAGAAAACCAUGGUACUUACAAAAGGGUUUACACUUGUCCUUCUUGGUUUGAGUGAUGUUAUUCCACACAAGUCAGAAUAGGUCUGUCUGCUCAAUUGGUUGUCCUGGACAACUGCUUGCCUCAGAACACAUCUUUAUAGGUAUAACAGACUGGCAGAUUUUGUUUCUAAAAUGGCUGAAGGCACAAUUCAUUAUCCCUCUAUACUGCUCUGAAUUUCCAGCUUCAUCAUAGCUAGCUACUCUAUGACACAAUGGACCCCAGUUGUUGUUCUCCAAGAAAAAACACACAAAAAAGAAGCCUGCUCCAAAGCAGUUUCUCUCUGUUUAUGCAAACUGUUGAUUUCCUUUUGGGUAGUAAAGGAUACUUCAACUGAAACAGCCACCCACUCUCCCCCAUAUAUGAAACGUUUCAGUCCCAUACAAGCCUUCCUGUUGCUAGCUUGAUGUUGAGCUCGUUCUGUCAAGGUGGAAAAGUGAGAGGUAAAGUCGUGUGGCUUUGCCCGUCUGAUAUGUAAGGUCAUACCACAACUGAGAGAAAAAUAGUGUUUAGGAUUGCCUGACUUGAUCACUUUCCAUUUCUUUGAGGGGAUUUUUUAAAACCUAGCUUUUACCAAUCACUUCAGAAUAAUUGCACGUCAUGCCCUGCAUGAUGUGACGUAGUGGUUAACUCCAGUGCUCGACGUGGAUGUGUUGUAGAAAAACCUCCUCAGGGAUCGUUCCUCAUCAGUAGAAUUUGGUCUAGCACGUAAAAACUGCCACUAGCUUGGUUGACUUCACUUUGAACAAUAGGCAAAGAACAGUUUAAAAAGGGCAAAAGGGCAAUUGUGAAUUAUUUAGGAAGAGUAAGUUAAGAGAGGAAAUGGAGGGAAAAUACAGUCUUAGAAAAAAAGGUGCUAUCCAGAACCUAAAAGGUUUUUUUUGGCUGUCCCCAAAGGAGAACCCUUUUUGGUUCAAGGUAGAAACAUGUUGGGUUCCAUGUAGGACCCUUUCCACAGUGGGUUCUACAUGGAACCAAAGGGUUUUACGUGGAACCAAUAGUAGUUAUCUUAUGGUGACAGCUGAAAAACCUUUUUGAACAUUUUCUGGAGUGUAGCGUUUUCAGAAAGAGGUCAAGUGAAGCUGUAGCAUAUCCAGCCUUAGUUAAAUCAAACCUGCCACUUGAACAACCUUUUUAGAUGACGCAAACCCCUUAUGAUGUACUGAAGCACAGUAUUAAGUAUCAAUGCUUAAUGUAUUUUACAUUACUCUGUGAACUACUUUGAGUCCACAUUGUAUCAAAUCAAAUUUUAUUGGUCGCAUACACAUAUCUAGCAGAUGUUAUUGCGGGUUUAGCAAAAUGCUUGUGUUCCUAGCUCCAACAGUGCAGCAAUAUCUAACAAUACACACAAAUCUAAAAGUAAAAUAAUGGAAUUAAGAAAUUCUCAUAAUUUUUGCUGCAGUGUUGAGUUUUUUGUCUGUUAGAAAUAUUAUUUAUCUUUAUUUUCUCAAUCUAUUUUUGCGGCUUGCAUGGAGUACCAAUGACUUUGCCAAAGGAGUUUAGUAUAGCUUGUUUAGCUGUCUUAGGGAUCAUAUUUGUUAUGCACUCGCCAAAUUGUCAGAGGGCAAUUGCUCUUAAAGGUGCUGUGUCCUUUUUUUAUGCUUCAGUUUGGCAUAAAGGGAAUCUACACAUUUCUGUCACGUCGGUUCUAAGGUCCCCCACUAACAUUAGGGCCUGCCUCUUUUACAUUUUUGUACUUGUCUUGUUGCACAAAGCAGAAAACACACAGGAAAAAAACACUGUUCUUAGUCUUGAAUGUAUAAGGCAAUAUUAUUUUCAAAUGUUUGCAAUUCAAUCCAAGGGAAGGUGCCAAAAUGGGGAAUUAUGUUCUGACUGGCAAAGCCAGGGAAUAUUUGUUGAUGUGGUGACAAUAUGUUAUAGAAAUAGACCUAUGUUAUAGAAAUAGACCUAUUUUAUAGAAAUAGACCUAUGCAGGUGAUAUGUUGUUGUAAAUAGUUUUAAAUGUCCUUGAAAAACUGCAUGGUACAUUAUAACUACAAUACAAAACAUAGAUAGAUAUAUAGAUAUAUAUAUAUUUUGAGGGUAAAGAUUUGAGGUUGAGGGGAAGAGGGAGGGGGGAAGACAGGUCUUACUAUCAUAAGCACUUGAUUUAGAAAAGUGUGCCCCGCAGUAAAAAUACCUCUGUUUAUGCUAUUCAUGCCUCUUUAGCGGAUAGAGGCGAAGCUAAUUCCCAGUUCUUCAGUGCCCCUGCAACUGUGGAAUCAUUGAAUCCACUGAAGGAAUACAAUUUUGGCCUAUCCGGAUCAACUCAUUUCCCCCUGUUUGUACUUACAGUGUCGCAACUUUUUUUCCCUCCCCAAUUUGGCCGACAAAUACCCUGUCCUUGAUUGACAAAUACCCUGGCCUUGAUUGACAAAUACCCUGGCCUUGAUUGACAAAUACCCUGGCCUUGAUUGACAAAUACCCUGGCCUUGAUUGACAAAUACCCUGGCCUCGAUUGACAAAUACCCUGGCCUUGAUUGACAAAUACCCUGGCCUUGAUUGACAAAUACCCUGGCCUUGAUUGACAAAUACCCUGGCCUUAAUUAACAAAUACCCUGGCCUUGAUUGACAAAUACCCUGGCCUUAAUUAACAAAUACCCUGGUCUUGAUUUACAAAUACAGCUGCUGUCCAUAAACGUGUCAAAAGCACCAUGAGGAAAAGAGAACUGUAAAGCUAUGUUCCAGUCCAUCUUGUUUAAUAGUGGAUCUCUUUUGCUUCUCUACCUUUUUUAUCUCUGUCUCUCUCACACUGUGGCUUGGGUAAAAUCCUUAGCGUCAUGUGUUUGGUGGCCUGUUAAGGUAUUGAAUAAUCACCAACCAUGACAACUCAAUAACGAAGCCUUUUAUUUUGUUAGAAUGCUGUGACUUAAACUCCAUUUUGUGGUACACUUGUGGCCACUAGAAUUAUCUUCAACUCAAUCAAAAUAACCUUCAAAACUGCUGGCUCCUGCUAUUCAAUGUCUUUGCCUUUGCAAUGUCAAUGUUGCGGAAAAAUUAGCUCUGUGCUUUUGUUUUGUUUAACUAUAACAAAAUGAACAAAUCUCCCAUAUAAAAGUUUCCCUAUAUAGAUAUAUUUAUUUUGAAGUUCUAUUUUAUAUAGUAUUUAUUUAGAUUCCAACCUGUGUUUGUGAAGAAAGCUCAUGUCGAAAAGGAAUGUACAUUGACAUUGGAAAUAUAUAUUGUUAAAUAUUAA